AUGCUUCCUUGUCUGAAGAACUUUUCAGUGAGUCAGCACUUCCUGUAUUGUGUCUUACAAUCUUCCGAUGGACUAAUACCAGCUUUUCUACAAUACCCAAGCAAUAUUAAUAUUAAUUUCACAAUCAAAAUGUACUUUUAUCAUCUAUUGUUCUUAUUUCCAACUAUGUUGGUUUCAAAAGGCUUUCCUUGUAUUGAUAUCCUUGAAUACUAUAAUAAAAUUUUUGGCUGUAGACCUUGUGCUGCUUGCAUCAAAGGAACAGGAAUUGACCACAAACAGAAAAUUAACCGAACACAUCAUGGCAUGAUGUCAUGCUACUCUUGCUACGAAUGUAAACCUGGGACAUAUCAGAAUGAGAACCAUGUCAUCAAAAGCUGCAAACCCUGUAACACUUGUACAAAUCAAAGAAUUUUGAGAAACUGUUCUACAACAGAGAAUUCUAUCUGUGGAAACUGCUUGCCUGGACAUCAAGUCAAAUAUAUAAAUGGAUCAGAUGUAUGUGAAAAAAUUGAAAACUCCACUGGAAUAGCAUACAAGAUUUCCACAUUUGUUUUGUGUUCUCUCCUUUUACUAGUUCUCUCUCUUACUCAUUGUCCAUUCUUUUCUCUCUCACGUUUCCUCUUUACUUUCUUUUUUUCUUUACACAAAUUCAAUUUCACACAUGGUCCGGUAGCAACAGAGAUAUACACUUUCUUCUUCUCUCUGGUUUUCUCUUUUCUUCCUUUCUUCUUCUUUACACAGUUCAACUUCAAACAUGGUCCAGCUGCAACAGAGAUAUAUACUUUCUCCUUCUCUCUUGAUUUAUCUUUUCUUUCUUCAAACACAGGCUGUAUUCUCAGCGUACAAAUUUCCUUGCAUCUUCUGUGA